CGGAAUGCGCUUCUGAUCACGCAAUCCAACUCCAACUGUCUCUCUCCCUCCCAAUUAAACCCUCCAUUCCUCCAUUACUCCAACCAAACCAAAUCAUAUUUUCCAUCUUCAAUUCCCUCUCUCUCUCUUCCCUUCAUGUCCACGGCGGCUCUGCCACCCUCCGCCCCCACCGCCACCGCUGGCGGGGGCCUCGGCUACGGCAUUGCCAUCGCCGUGAGCAUCCUGGUCCUGAUCUCCACCAUCAUGCUCGCCUCCUACGCCUGCGUCCGAAUCAAAGCCAACGGCAGCAUCAUCACUCGCCGCCACAACCACAACAUCAACACUCACCAAAGAAACAACAACAAUAAUAACAGCAGUUUUCGUGACGCGUCGGAUGGGCCUGGUGUUGUGGUCCUGGGCUUGGAGAAGCCCGCCAUCGAGGCCUGCUACGGGCCCAAGAUCGUGAUCGGAGAGAGCAAGCGCCUGCCCAGGCCCAACGACCAGGGCCCGUGCGCGAUUUGCUUGAGCGAGUAUCUUCCCAAGGAGACGAUACGGUGCGUUCCGGAGUGCCGCCACUGCUUCCACGCGGAGUGCGUCGACGAGUGGCUCAAGACGAGCGCCACGUGUCCCCUCUGCCGGAACUCCCCCGCGCCCUCGCCGCUGCCCGCGGCGGCCGCCACGCCGCUGUCGGAGAUUGUUCCUCUGGCUUUCCACGCCAGGUGAUAUAAUUAGUUGAUUCCUGUCUUUGGUGCCUUGUAACAAUUAUUUUUAUUAUUAUUUUUUUGUUGUCUCUUUUUCACGAAAAAUUGCCGACGAUAAAAAAAAAAAAUUGGCUGUCGUUUU